AUGUUGGCUGUCCAGCUUGAUUCUCGGGGAGAAAGAAACAGAUUUUCUAUAAGAACUGUCUUUCUGUUACGCCGAAAAUCUGACUUGUCAGCUGGGGGUCACGACAAGUAUUACUACACUGCUGUCAGAGGUCAGUCGUACGACACCGCUGUAACAGACCAGUCGUACGACACUGUAACAGACCAGUCGUACGACACUACUGUAACAGACCAGCCGUACGACACUGUAACAGACCAGUCGUACAACACUACUGUAACAGACCAGCCGUACGACACUGUAACAGACCAGUCGUACGACACUACUGUAACAGACCAGCCGUACGACACUGUAACAGACCAGUCGUACGACACUACUGUAACAGACCAGUCGUACGACACUGCUGUAACAGACCAGUCGUACGACACUACUGUAACAGACCAGUCGUACGACACUGUAACAGACCAGUCGUACGACACUACUGUAACAGACCAGUCGUACGACACUACUGUAACAGACCAGUCGUACGACACUGUAACAGACCAGUCGUACGACACUACUGUAACAGACCAGUCGUACGACACUACUGUAACAGACCAGCCGUACGACACUGUAACAGACCAGUCGUACGACACUACUGUAACAGACCAGUCGUACGACACUACUGUAACAGACCAGUCGUACGACACUACUGUAACAGACCAGUCGUACGACACUACUGUAACAGACCAGUCGUACGACACUGUAACAGACCAGUCGUACGACACUACUGUAACAGACCAGUCGUACGACACUACUGUAACAGACCAGUCGUACGACACUACUGUAACAGACCAGUCGUACGACACUACUGUAACAGACCAGUCGUACGACACUACUGUAACAGACCAGUCGUACGACACUGUAACAGACCAGUCGUACGACACUGUAACAGACCAGUCGUACGACACUGUAACAGACCAGUCGUACGACACUGUAACAGACCAGUCGUACGACACUGUAACAGACCAGUCGUACGACACUGUAACAGACCAGUCGUACGACACUGUAACAGACCAGUCGUACGACACUGUAACAGACCAGUCGUACGACACUACUGUAACAGACCAGUCGUACGACACUACUGUAACAGACUAGUCGUACGACACUGUAACAGACCAGUCGUACAACACUACUGUAACAGACCAGGCGUACGACACUGUAACAGACCAGUCGUACGACACUACUGUAACAGACCAGUCGUACGACACUGUAACAGACCAGUCGUACGACACUGUAACAGACCAGUCGUACGACACUGUAACAGACCAGUCGUACGACACUGUAACAGACCAGUCGUACGACACUAACAGACCAGUCAUAUGCCACUGUAACAGACCAGUCAUACGACACUACUGUAACAGACCAGUCGUACGACACUACUGUAACAGACCAGUCGUACGACACUACUGUAACAGACCAGUCGUACGACACUACUGUAACAGACCAGUCGUACGACACUACUGUAACAGACCAGUCGUACGACACUACUGUAACAGACCAGUCGUACGACACUACUGUAACAGACCAGUCGUACGACACUACUGUAACAGACCAGUCGUACGACACUACUGUAAAAGACCAGUCGUACGACACUACUGUAACAGACCAGUCGUACGACACUACUGUAACAGACCAGUCGUACGACACUACUGUAAAAGACCAGUCGUACGACACUACUGUAACAGACCAGUCGUACGACACUACUGUAACAGACCAGUCGUACGACACUACUGUAACAGACCAGUCGUACGACACUACUGUAAAAGAGACCAUUCGCAUGACACUACUCUAAGAGAUCACUGUUCUACUCUAACUACGAGGCCAGUCUUACAGUUCACAGUGAAACGAAACGUUUCCGUCGGUACAGGAGCCAGAUUCACGAAGCAGUUACGCAAGCACUUACGAACCUGGGGCCAGAUUCACGAAACAGUUACGCAUGCACUUAUGAACCUGUGCAUCUUUU